GUCAUGUAAAGAUGAAUCCACACACCAUUAAGAAACAGUCUUUGCAUCAAUUUGUACAAAGAUCACUUUUCCUUCUACCUGCAACUUUAUAUAACACAGUGGAGAUGAUUUAUGAUUUUGAUAGUCAUUGAAGACUCUUGAAUUAUGAUGUACCUUCCUACUUAAGUGGAAGAAAUUGCUGGAAUCUGUUGAUGAGAUACAUGUUCAUCCAAACACAAGAUACCCCAAAUCCCAACAGUUUAAAGUUUAUUCCAGGAAAACCAGUUCUUGAGACAAGGACCAUGGAUUUUCCCACACCAGCUGCAGCAUUUUGUUCCCCUCUGGCUAGAUAUUGCCUUUUUUACAAAUUGAAGGUUGUGGCAAUCCUGCACCAAGCAAGUUUAUUGGUGCCAUUUUCCCAACAUGUGCUCACUUCAUGUCUUUGUGUCACAUUUUAAUUAAGACAGUUAUUCAGGAUUGAAGGAGUAAAAAGUGUCUUCUUUGGACCAGAUUUUAUCACUGUUACAAAGGAAAAUGAAGAGUUAGACUGGAAUUUAAUCAAACCAGAUAUUUAUGCAACAAUCAUGGACUUCUUUGCAUCUGGUUUACCCCUGGUUACGGAGGAAACAUCUUCAGGAGAAGCAGCAUCUGAAGAAGAUGAUGAAGUUGUGGCAAUGAUUAAGGAAUUGUUAGAUAGUAGAAUACGGCCGACUGUGCAGGAAGAUGGAGGAGAUGUAAUCUAUAAAGGCUUUGAAGAUGGCAUUGUACAGCUGAAACUCCAAGGGUCUUGUACCAGCUGCCCCAGUUCAAUCAUUACUCUGAAAAAUGGAAUUCAGAACAUGCUGCAGUUUUAUAUUCCAGAAGUAGAAGGUGUAGAACAGGUUAUGGAUGAUGAAUCAGAAGAAAAGGAAGCAAACUCACCUUAAAAUAAUCUGGGUUUUAUUUGGGCAUAACAGUCAGAUAUGUUGAUAAUAUAUACCAAACUUCUAUUAUUGGUCUGCUAAAGAAGUUGAGGAUCAAUAAAAUAUGCCACUUACUUCAGAGAAUGACAUAUAAAUACUGCAUGUUUACUUUACCUCAUAUGAGUUAUUUAUAACAUCCUGAAUCAUCUUCUGGACAUGUGGAUUUUAUCCAGGGAUAUUUUUAUUUUUGCUCUUCAUUUCUCAUGGCUCUUUCUUUGCAUAAUGUGUGAAGCAGUUUAAAAUACAUUUUCUCCAUCUAAUUUAUUACUUUAUAUAUAUAGAAGUAAAAAGGGAGAAUGCUUUUUAAAAUAUUCUAAAAUGGCUUAGCUUUUUGUGGGAUAUUUGAAACUGCUUUUACUGAAUUUUUUAGCUAGUUAAGGAAAACAAAGCUAAACAACAGAAUUCUAGUUUAAACAUGUAGCCCUCAAGGUAGUAGCUUUUAACUUCUCACUAAAAGACAAAAAAAAGUCCAAAAAAAAAAAAAAAAUCACAAUGCUAAAAACUGGUAAAGAACCAAGUUCCAGAACCUGGAUGAAAU